AUGUCGCAACUCAACUACAGCUAUCUGAACUCUUUGCUCGAAGCUUUUGUCUCUAUCGCUGGAAUCCGCGAACUGCUGUGCACAUUAGGCCCCGUCUCCUUAUACAGGAAUCGGAUUCACUCCUCUACGCAGACUCCUACAUCUCCGAUCUCCAGUCUCCUCGCAUCAACAACUUGCGGCCGAAUCGCCUUCCUCCCGCCAAUUCAAAAUGAUAAUUCCCGUCCGCUGUUUUUCAUGUGGAAAGGUGUUGUUGGUGACCUCUGGGAACGAUAUCUAAAAUUACUUGAUGAGGGCGUACCUGACGGGUAUAACCCUGCGGAGAGAGACCGAGCGAAAACCCAGCUGUAG